CAACGAUUAAGUGCUGACUGGAAAUCACUCAACGGUGUCGAUCAUGAAGGCGUUUAUUGUGUUUUCAAUGGCUAUGGCCGUUGCUUCCUGCGCAUCAGUUGACGAGUCUUCGAAGAAAGAGAAACGUGGACUAUGGGAACUUGGACACGAUCUCAACGGUUUCGACCAUGCUCACCACGAUCACCACCUGGAUCAUCACGAAGUCGAACAUUUACAUACAACCAUCACCAAGAAGGUUCCUGUUCCAUACCCAGUCGAGGUAGAAAAACACGUUCUAGUCGAGGUGAAGGUCCCGUAUCCAGUUCACGUUGAGAAGAAGGUCCCAGUUGUGGUCGAGAAAAAAGUUCCAGUUUACGUUGAGAAGAAGGUCCCAGUCCACGUUGAUCGCCCGGUUCCAUAUCCAGUCGAAGUUGAGGUUCCGGUCAUAAAGAAGGAAUACGUCGAAGUGCCAAAACCAUACGCAGUUCAUGUCGAGAAACCCGUUCCAGUGUAUAUCCACAAGCGAGUGGUCGUUGAGAAGCCGGCCCCGGUAACUGUUCACAUUAAGGAACACAAGAAACAUUGGGGACUGUUCUGA